UAAAUAUCUAAAAGGAAUACAGAACAUUACAGGGGGUGAAUAACAUCAAGGUGAGAUUUCUUCCAUCAGCUCAAGCAGAUCAUGAUCAUUAUUCAGUAUCAAACAGUCCGCCCAGUAUCUGGAGUGAAGUAUCCUGAGCGCAUUUACGGGACGGGCGGAAGAGACAGCUUUACGCAACAACUGGGCAGUUUCUGUAAGUCGAUUUAAGAGCUCUCAAAAGGUUUCUUAACUACAUCUUUCCCAGCUAUCUCUUCCUGACAGGAAAGCGCGUGUAGACUCGGUGUAAACUGAAAUGCGUGGUCGAGCUGCUUCGAUGCUUGUUGUGUUAGUGUUGCUGUGGUGUUGCGGGAGCGCGCCGGGUGAACGGGGACUGAAGGUGUCCAGGAGAGCACCGAGGACUCGCUCAUGCCUGAAUUUACCGGACGAGAUUUUGGAGCAGAUGUUCGGGAGACUGUCGGUGGGAGUGCUCAGCGCGUUUCAUCACACCCUGCAGCUCGCCCCUCCAGAGCGCCAGAAUCUGACCUGUCAAUCAGCGUCUCGCCUGGCGCGCGACAGACCACGAGCCCCAGUCAACCUCCUCAGCCUCUCGCCGUGGGCGUACAGAAUCUCUCAUGAUCCAGCAAGGUACCCACGAUAUCUCCCCGAGGCGUACUGUUUGUGUAAGGGAUGCCUGACCGGACGGGACGGGGAGGAAAGUGACCGCUUCCGCAGCACUCCAGUGUACAUGCCAACCGUCAUACUGCGCCGGACUGGCUCGUGCGUCGGGGGCCGUCAUUCCUACACCGAGAGCUACGUGUCCAUCGCCGUGGGUUGUACUUGUGUGCCAUUGUUGGAAAGAGACAGAAAAACACAGAAGAGCAAGCCAAGCGUGAAAAGAGUCCCCUCUAAAAAUUCCAGCACCUUUAGAAAGAACUGAUCUGAUUUAUUUGACUUGCUCUCACAGCUGCAGAAUCUAGUCUACAGUGCCAAGCAAAAGGAAAACAUACUGUGCCAAAAUACAAACAUUUUCUAAUCCAAAGUACUUGGGAAAAGCCAGUCAGCA